CCGCCCGGGCCCGUGGCUCGGGCCCCUGCGGCGCUCCCCGCCCUGGCUCUGGUGCUGCCCGUCCGCCCGGGCCCGGUUCGCUUUCGUCUCUCGUUGCGCUGGUCACCGGCAGCGAGCCUUAUGCAUGUUACCAAUGGAGUGUAGUAUGUGGACUCACUCUGAAAAUGAUGCUGAUGACGACCUGCUAGCAAAUGUGCAGUCAUUACAGAAUCAGCUGAGGAGAACUGAAAAAAACCUACAAACUGUAGAGAAAGAGCUUUCCAGUACAGGGGAACAUUGCGGCCACUGCUUCAAUGAGGUCAUCGACGUCCCUCUGGAGGACUUUGUACAGCCCAAUUACGAUUGCCAAGGCUUUUCCAGCUGUAGGAAGAAUUCUGGGAGAACAUCUCACCAGGAUUUUCAAAGAAAAUGCAAUUCUUACUUUUUAUCCACAACUUUGGAUAAACCUGUGGAAGAAAAUGAACAACUUCAGGAGCAGUUGGAUGCCCUCCAUGAGCAAAAUGCAUCUUUGACUUCUCAGAAUCAUUACCUGAAGAACAGAGUGGAAACAAUGAACUUUGAAUUGAUGCAGUCAAGAACAAAAAUUUCAUAUCUUGAGGCUGCUUUAGCUACACAUUUAAUCAACAUCCCGAAGUUGAAAGAACAGAUUGUAAAUUUGGAAGCAGAAGUUUCAGCUCAAGAUAAAAUUCUGAAAGAUGCAGAAGAUAGACUAGAUCAAAAUCGGAAAACAGCAAUGGAAAGAGAACACAUGUUGGAAAGAUAUCAAAAAGGCUAUAAAGUUCUGAAAAUUGAGUUAAUUGAACAAAGCAAGCAAGGAAAGAGAGCACAACAGCAAAGAAAUGAAGCUUUGUUGAACGUGGAAGAGCUGACAAGAGCUUUCAUGAAGUAUAAAGCAGAAAUAACUGAAACAUUAGAAAAGGCUAAAGCUGAAGAAGUAGUCUUGGGAGAACGUUUAAUUAAUUGUGAAAAAGAAAAAGAGAAGUUGAAUGAAAAGUGUAUCAGCUACAGAAAGGAUCUAGACAUCCUAGAAGAACAGCUAAGACAAUUAAAGGAAGAGAAUCACAACACAAAAGAAGAAAUUAAAGGUUUAGAGGCAAAGAACACUGAAAUGACAUCAAUGUUGAGUCAGUCUGAUCAGAAGAUCAUCAAGCUUGAGAGUGAACUUUCUGAAAAAGGAGUAGUACUUGAAGAGAAAAAUGCUCUAUUAAGUGAAAAUGAAGAGCUGAGAGCACUUACUGCACAGCAACAUAACCACUUGAAAUUAUGUCGUCAAGAAAUAGAGGAUUCAAGGGAAGAGCUCAACAUACUAAAAACCAUUAUUUCUCAGUUGUCUUUAGGUACAUCUGAAGAGUUUAAAUGGCACCAUUUCAAACACCAGCUAUUGAGUUCCUCAGCAAAAGAAGCUACCUCUGAAUCUUGUGGUGAAUCAAGUAAACCUUUGAUUGCAGACUUAAGCAUUAAACUGGCAAUGAAAGAAGCACAAAAUCAGAAGCCUAGUGCAAACUUAACUGUCUGUACUGGAGCUGAGCAUCUUUCUAACGGUAUUGAAGGACAAGAAAGCAGCAGGUUAUGUGACCUGGAAACAGAACCUGUCAAAUUGAUCAGAAAUCCAGGAGAGAGGGGAAAAUGUCAAGAGUUGGAACUUAUAAGCAAACAGUUUGAAAAGGUGAGGCAAAAAUUCCAGAAAGAGAUAGAAGAGCUGCGCACUAAACUGAUAAAAGCAGAUGAUGAGAAUUCUGCCUUGAGGACCAGCAUGGCUCAAAGAACCAGUCAGUUUCAAAUCAUACAGGAAGACCUAUUGAAGAAGGCUUCAAAAACUAGUAACUUAGAGAGAGAAAUAAGAAAGAAGUCUUCUCAGCUUUCUGCACUUGAGAAACAGUUGGAAGAAAAGACUAUUGCUUAUUCCACUGUUGCAGAAAGAAAUACUGAGUUGGAACUGGAACUCAUGGGAAAAAACAGAUGCAUUCAUGAGCUGGAAACAACUAUCAGUGAAGAACAUGAGAAAAUAACUUCUGCUUUUGAAAAUGAAAAGUUGCUUCACCUCGAGCAGCACAAAGAAAUGGAGAAACAAAUUGCUCUACUUCGGACACAGCUGGAGAAGAAACAGCAACAAUUAAUUGAACAAGAUAAAAUAAUAUCUAUUUUACAACAAGAGGUUAUACACAAACAGCAUCACAUUGAAUCAUUGGAUGGGCUGCUAAUAGGAAACAGAGAGGAAAUGGAAAAUCAAAAUGUCAAGAAAGAUCAAGGACUGAAGAUGCUGGAAAGUCAGUUAACAGAAGAAAAACUCAAAGUACGACAACUUGAGUCAGCACUAAAGGUAUGUAAGGAAGAAGUUGCACUGUAUUUGAGUCAGUCACAAGAAAAUAAGGAGCUGUUUGAAAAUCAGCUGAAGGAAAGGUCUGAAGAGCUUCAUUAUUUACAGAAAGAAAUAAAAAUUAAAGGUCAGACUAUUCAGGACAUGAGUGAACAAAAUAUUCUCCUGCAACAAACUUUGCAUCAUCAGCAGCAAAUGUUACAGCAAGAAACUAUUAGAAAUGGGGAGUUGGAAGAUACUCAAAUUAAACUUGAAAAACAGGUAUCCAAUUUGGAAAAAGAGCUUCAGAAGCAGAAAGCAUGUGCAGAAGAUGAGUUGAGAAAGGUGGAGGAGAAACUGUGCCUAGCUGCUCAGGAAGCAGACUUAAACAGAGAGAAGGUGGAUGAACUGAAUUGUACAAUAAGACAGAUUAAAUUGGAGAUGGAUCAGUGCAAGAAUGAACUUACUGGCAUGGAAAAAGAAAUAGUGCAAUUACAACGAGAUGGUGCAAACAAAGCACUGCAGAUAAAUCAGUUGGAUAUCACUCUGGAAGAAGCAAGAUCAGAGCUCAAUAGAAAGGCAAAUGAGGUGAAUGAUUUUGAAGAUAAGCUGCUUCAAAGUGAGACUUGCCACAGGAAAGCUUUACAGAAAAUAGCAGAACUGGAAUCUGCAUUGCAGAAUGCCUGUGGGGAAUUAAAGAUCACUUUAACACAGCUUCAGGAGUUGCAAGGUGCAUUACAGAAUGCACAGUCCUCUCUGGAGGAGAAGAACAUUGCUAUCAUGGAUCUAACAACUGAGCUCAGGUAUUGUAAGGAUGAAAUUGAAGACAAAAAGCAGGAACUCCUUGACAUGGACCAAGCACUGAAAGAAAGGAAUUGGGAACUGAAACAAAGAGUAGCUCAGAUUACACAAUUGGAUAUGGCAGUUCGUGAGCAUAAGGGAGAAAUGGAGCAACAAAUAAUUCAAUUACAGUGUAAUUUAGAGAAGUCAGAGUUGGAAAUUAAGGAAUGCAAUAAACAGAUUGAGAGCUUAGAGAAGAAACUCCAGCAUUCUAAAGAUGAGCUUCGUGAAAAAGAGUUUGAAUUGCUCCAGAGAGAUCAGGAAAUAAAUCAGCUGAAGAGAAAAAAAUGAAAGAAAACAACAUAGCCUGGAAACUCUUGGGAAGGUGUGAGAACUGUGAAGGAAUGACUGCUGCUGCCCAUUGGACAAGGAGCAACCCAGGAAUGCUGUUGCUGCCAUUGUGACUGCAUUCAAAGAGGACAUUUUAAAGUUGUAUUUGUAAAUAAGGCAUGUAGUUAUUUGUACUGAAGCAGAUGACAACCUUUUUAUUUUUCCAAUUGUUAUUAUUGCCUUCAUAUAAUAACAUAUUAAUUUAUCUUUUAUAUUUCAGAAUAAAAUGUAUUUAUUUUAAGGUGUAGGGAUUAAUUUCAGCUUUCAUCUUUUUCAAAGAUUUUUAAAUUAUGUGCUUGUUUAAUGUCUCACUUCUAACUAAUAGCAGAAUGGUACUACCUUAUUAGCAAUUUUUGUUUGGGACUAUUUUAUCUUUUUUUGUACAAAUGCAGUGAUGCAGACACAACAUAUUAUUAAAAUUUACCUGUUUGUAA